AUGCUGGCCUUUAUUGCCAGCGCGCCAAGAGCUCAUUUGAGGCCAUAUUUUCGCCAACAGCUAUUCUCUUCGCCUUUUGCUUUUGGCGCAGCGCCGCUUCACCGUUACUAUGCAGGCUCGACAGCGGUGGCGGAUGCUACGGUUGGAAAGAAGGUUACUUUAGCAGUCCCAUCAACCGCGCGAUUUAACGAGAUUGGAGUUCAGCAGUUAAGCAGCCAUGUCCAUUCCCAAGUAUUUCUUCGCCCUCCGACGCCUCCAGAUCCCGAGCUAGUCACUCUCUCAAAAGAUCAUCUUUCUCGCCAUGAGCUACUUGGAAAGGCUCAAGAUGCCUCAGAACCCAUUGGAUUUGACCUCCCAUCCUUACAAGGCGAGACCCUUGAUGAGCAUUUUUAUAAGCUUGGAAUGGAUGCCUCUGCACCGUACUUGGAUUUUGCAAAAGAUUACUCUAAGAUUAAUCUCCCGACUGCUCCUCGACAAUGGGUCGGCAGGAGUGGAUGGACGAAAUACAAUGCCGAUGGAACCACAGAACAGGUUCUCUUCCCCAGCGAGGACAUGUUGACUUUUGAUACAGAGGUUAUGUGGAAGCAGAAUCCGUUUCCAGUUAUGGCAUGCGCCGCGAGCUCAACGGCGUGGUAUGCAUGGCUUUCUCCAUGGCUUCUUGGACAGUCGGAAAAUCCACGACAUCUGAUUCCACUAGGAGAUCCUUCCCGUUCAAGGAUCAUUGUUGGGCACAAUAUCGGUUACGACAGGGCUAGGGUUCUGGAGGAGUAUGAUCUAACACAAUCUCGUAAUUUUUUUCUUGACACAAUGUCUCUUCAUGUAGCAGUUAAUGGCAUGUGCUCCCAACAAAGACCAACUUGGAUGCGACACAAGAAAAACCGUGACCUCAGAGAUAAACUGGCCCAAAAAUCACAUUCCCAUCAACUUGCAGAGACGUUGGAGAGUAACAUGAUUAGUGAAGAAGAGGAGGAGCUAUGGGUGGGAAGGAGUUCCAUCAAUUCGCUUCGAGAUGUCGCCAAAUUUCAUUGCAAUAUUACUAUCGACAAAGCACAGCGAGACCAUUUUGGUGAACUUGAUAGAGAUGGAAUCCGUGAGCGUCUGGACGAGCUACUCGAUUAUUGUGCUGCUGAUGUCUCGAUUACGCACCGCGUUUAUCGAAAGGUAUUUCCAAACUUUCUUGAGACCUGCCCUCAUCCGGUAAGCUUUGGGGCUUUACGACAUCUCUCAAAUGUUAUCCUACCUGUAAACGAAUCCUGGGCGGAAUAUAUCAAGACAGCCGAAGAAACAUAUCACACUCGUUUAAAUGAUGUUCAGAAAAGGUUAGAAGAGCUUUGCCAGCAAGCUGUCGAUGUUAAAGAUAAGCCUGAAAUUUAUAAUAUAGAUCCCUGGUUACGACAACUCGACUGGUCUGGCCAGGAGAUCAGAAUGGUUAAAGGCAAGAAGAAGGGUGAUCCUCCUCGUCCAGCUGCACGUCAGAAAAUGCCAGGCAUGCCAAAAUGGUAUAAGGAUCUUUUUCCAACUAGUACUUCGCCGAUGAAUUUGACCGUGCGUACACGUAUCGCUCCGAUAUUGCUAAAACUUUCUUGGGAUGGGUAUCCCCUUGUUUGGUCUGAUAAAUAUGGGUGGACAUUUCAGGUCCCAAAGGGAGAUAUUCAUAAGUACAAGUACCAGGCUGUUGUACAAUGCGACAUGGCCGAAGAGAAAAUCGAGACUCUAAAAAGUGACAGGAGUCAUGUAUACUAUAAGCUUCCUCAUAAGGACGGGCCGGAGGCACGGUGUGUUAGCCCCUUGGCAAAAGGCUACCUAGCUUACUUUGAAGGCGGGAAGCUAUCAUCUCAGUUUGCACUGGCUAAAGAGGCAUUGGAAAUGAAUGCUUCUUGCUCAUACUGGAUAAGUGCAAGAAGCCGAAUUAUGUCUCAAAUGGUGGUAUACGAGGAAGAUGUACGAAAGUUAUCAGGAAGUCAAGCUCAGCAAACAAAGUCAUCACUAGGGUUUAUUUUACCUCAAAUCAUUCCAAUGGGAACAAUUACGCGCAGGGCUGUUGAGAAUACGUGGCUUACUGCCAGCAACGCAAAAGCGAAUCGCGUCGGCUCAGAGCUAAAGGCGAUGGUCAAAGCUCCUCCAGGCUAUGUUUUUGUUGGUGCUGAUGUCGAUUCAGAAGAACUCUGGAUUGCCAGCCUUGUUGGCGAUGCGCAGUUUCAAAUUCACGGUGGAAAUGCGAUUGGUUUCAUGACUCUCGAAGGUACCAAAGCCGCCGGCACAGACCUGCACUCGAAAACCGCAAAAAUCCUAAGAAUAUCUAGAAAUAAUGCGAAAGUCUUCAACUACGGCCGAAUCUAUGGCGCUGGGCUUAAAUUUGCAGCCACACUCCUACGGCAAUUCAACCCCUCAAUUUCAGAAGAAGAAACAAGAAAAAUUGCAGCCAAUCUCUACAAAGAAACAAAAGGUACGCGAACGACUCGCAAACUUCUAACUGACUCUCCGUUUUGGAGAGGUGGAACGGAGUCAUUCGUCUUCAAUAAACUCGAAGAAUUUGCGGACCAAGAACGGCCUAGGACACCAGUAUUAGGUGCUGGGAUUACGCAGGCAUUGAUGCGACGCUUCAUUAACAAGGGAAGCUUUAUGACCUCACGUAUCAACUGGGCAAUUCAAUCUUCGGGCGUCGACUAUCUUCACCUACUCAUUGUGUCUAUGGAUUUUCUUAUUCGCCGAUUCAACCUGAAUGCUCGCCUAGCAAUCAGCGUCCAUGACGAAAUACGCUACCUCGUCAAAGAGGAAGACAAGUAUAAGGCUGCCAUGGCGUUGCAAGUUGCAAAUGUUUGGACUCGUGCUAUAUUUUCACAGCAGAUGGGCAUUGACGAUUUGCCUCAGUCAUGUGCAUAUUUCUCGGCUGUUGAUGUCGAUCACGUACUAAGAAAAGAAGUCGAUAUGGACUGCGUCACUCCAUCACAUUUAGAUAAAAUUCCCCCAGGGGAAUCAGUUGACAUCAUUCAGCUACUUGAGAAAGGCGAGAAAGCUUUUCUAGAUCCCUCCACUGCUCCUCUUAUCCCCCCAACGCCCGAGAAAUAUCCAUACACCCCACGAAAGAGUAUAAUGUCCUCUCUUGAAGGUUCCAAAGAUUAUUCCUAUAUAAAAGCUCAGAUUGCCAGUGAUGAAAAGGAAUUACGUGAAAUUAUCAAGGGUGCCAUGAAAUCCAGUUCUAUCACCCUCGAAGCAAAGAAGACCUCGGUGUCGUCGACUAAGAAGCGGGUAUCAAACCACCCUACCUACGCCGAGCAAUGUGCUAUUUUGAUGGAGGUGGAACCUAAACUCCUUGGGCUCAAGACACCAACCACGUUCGCAAAGGCGCCUCGAUUUCCAGCCAACCGAUACGGAUACGGAGGGAAAGCCAAACCUUCUCCACGCCUAUAA